AUAAUUUCCAUUGUGGUUAUGGGUGCCAAGUCUUUUGUUGUUCUGCAUCGGCUUCCCCUUUUACUACAAUAAAAAACCAGUGCAGAUGCAAAGCCCACUUAAUAUUUGUUUCAGAGUCUUUAAGGCAGCUAUAUUCAAGUUGCAUCUUAACUACCCUCAUACGCCAGAACAGUUUUACAAGAACUGUAAUAAUGAAAUAACUUUGUCGCCAGAAGUGCCACUCUUAAGGUGGUUAGACAAAGCUGCUAUUGCAAAGGGGCAAUCCAGUUUGGGAGAGCAAGAAGGUAGUGGAGAACAGGACUUAGAAUACGGGAAUGGGCUGAGUAAAUCAAUGGAUAGCCUUGGUCGUUUUGAAAAUACUGGUCUAAGUGACAGUAGUAGAGAAGAGGAAAGUCAUGAGAUGCCUUGCACAGUUAAAGAAGUGAGCGAAGUAAAACGCCUUUUGACAUUGGUACCAAUCUGGACAAACUUUUUUGCCUGUGGUUUAGUUAAAGCUACCGGAGAUUCUUUCUUUAUGGAACAAAGUAGAAACCUUCUUUAUUCUGAUUCUAUGGGUUUUAUGUUCAUACUGCUGUCCUUGAUACGAUAUGCAAUACAAUUCCCAUUUGGGUGGGAGAAAGUCAGACAAAAAUUUGGCCCACUUAAGAGAAUUGGAGCUGGGAUGGUUUGUUCUAUAUUGUGUUGCAUUGCAGCUUGGUAAGUAGAGAUCCAAAGAAGGAAUUUAUAUAAGAAAGAGGGGAUUGGUCCUGAUGCUCAGAGCCCAGAAGCACAGACUAUACCCAUGGAUAUCUUCUUCUUAUUUACACAAUUUUUUUUGUUAGGACUAAUGGAAGGCCUUGGGGAAGAUGGGGUAGAAAUAUUCGUGAAUAACCACAUCCCUGAAUCAUUUAGUGAAUAUGGGUCUGUGUUCAGUGGCUGUGUAUUGGGUUCUGCAUAUUUCUUUAGCAUACCGUUGCUUUUACUGUUUAGAAGCUGGUUUGGUGAUACCAUAAACAAGGGUCAUCUGGAAAGGUAUUUUCUAUUUUUAGCAAUACUAAAUACCAUUUUCUUUUGCAUUUAUCUGCUUGCUUUAUCCAAGUAUACCCACAUGGACCCAUCGGCGAAUGUGAAAUCAAAGGACUCGGAAGAAGGUGCUAAAGACUCAUUUAAAUUAAACCCUUACAACCAAUGGGGGAUAUUGGCUAAUGCAACCACUGCCCCUAGCCGUU